CCGCACUCGGGCCCGCGGCGGCGUCGCGGUGAGCGGUUGUGGGGCCCAGUUCAACGGCGGAGCUGACCCGCUCUCGGCCCCGCUCCCCGGACAGGGGCCAGGUACAGCACAAAAGUCAAAUGCUGUUUGAAAGUUGAAGAAAUGAGCACACUGUUAUCCUCUCAUCUCACGCUGAACUGGGUGUCUCUGUAUUUUCUACAACUGAAAUGACUUAUUAAACCUGGAGGCUUCUGCGCAAGCAAAACCAGAAAUACCCAGUAUGGCCUCAUCAUCAACACCUAAAUAUAAUUCAAACUCCUUGGAGAGUUCCUCAAGUAAAAGGAAUCUAAAAGAUGGAACUAACUGGGAACAAAAUGAAGAAAUACCUCGUCUGCCAGGAGAGACUAGAGUUACAGACAAGGAAGUUAUUUAUAUGUGUCCAUUUAAUGGCCCUGUUAAAGGAAGAGUGUACAUCACAAAUUACAGGCUGUACCUAAGAAGUGUGGAAAAUGAUCCAGUUGUAGUGUUGAAUGUUCCAUUGGGCGUAAUUUCAAGGAUUGAAAAAAUGGGAGGGGCUUCCAGCAGAGGAGAGAACUCUUAUGGAUUAGAUAUAACCUGUAAAGACAUGAGAAAUUUACGGUUUGCAUUAAAACAAGAAGGGCACAGUAGAAGAGAUAUAUUCGAAGUCCUCACAAAAUAUGCUUUUCCCCAGUCACAUAACUUGCUUUUUUUUGCAUUUGUGAAUGAAGAAAAGUUUUCUGAAAAUGGAUGGAUGGUGUACAGGCCGAUGUCUGAAUACAGGAGACAGGGACUGCCUAAUGAUCGGUGGCGAGUAAGUUUUAUUAAUGAACAUUAUGGGCUGUGUGACACAUAUCCAUCACUCUUGGUAGUGCCAUAUAAUGCAACAGAUGAUGAUCUCAAGAAAGUUGCUGCCUUUAGGUCUCGAAAUAGAAUCCCGGUUCUGUCAUGGAUUCAUCCAGAGACUCAAGCUGUUAUUAUGCGCUGCAGUCAACCCCUUGUUGGAAUGAGUGGCAAGCGGAAUAAAGAUGAUGAAAGAUACCUUGAUAUCAUCAGGGAGGCCAAUGGGCAAAUCUCAAAACUGACCAUCUAUGAUGCUAGGCCCAAUGUGAAUGCUGUUGCAAACAAGGCAACUGGGGGAGGAUAUGAAAGUGAAGAUGCAUAUCCCAAUGCAGAACUUUUCUUCUUGGACAUUCAUAAUAUUCAUGUCAUGCGGGAAUCUUUGAAGAAGUUGAAGGACAUUGUUUAUCCUAACGUGGAAGAAUCACACUGGUUGUCAAGUCUGGAAUCAACCCAUUGGUUAGAACAUAUAAAGCUUGUCUUGACAGGAGCUAUUCAAGUGGCAGACAAGGUAUCCUCAGGAAGGAGCUCUGUAUUGGUUCACUGCAGCGAUGGCUGGGACCGGACAGCCCAGCUAACAUCACUGGCCAUGCUGAUGCUCGACAGCUACUACAGAACGAUUGAAGGCUUUGAAGUCCUGGUGCAGAAAGAGUGGAUAAGCUUUGGACACAAAUUUGCAUCGAGAAUAGGCCAUGGUGACAAAAAUCAUGCUGAUGCAGACAGAUCGCCCAUCUUUCUCCAGUUCAUUGAUUGUGUGUGGCAGGUGUCCAAACAGUUUCCUACAGCCUUUGAAUUCAAUGAGCAGUUCUUGAUUACAAUCCUGGAUCACUUGUACAGCUGCCGGUUUGGUACUUUCUUGUAUAACAGUGAGUCUUCUAGAGAAAAAGAGAAAGUGGCUGAGAAAACCUUGUCAUUAUGGUCUUUGAUAAACAGUGAAAAAUCUAAGUACACCAAUCCUUUCUAUACUAAAGAGCUAAAUCGAGCACUCUAUCCGGUAGCCAGUAUGCGUCACUUAGAGCUCUGGGUCAGUUACUACAUCAGGUGGAACCCAAGAAUUCGGCAACAACAGCCAAAUCCAAUGGAGCAGCGAUACAUGGAGCUUCUUGCAUUGCGUGAUGAUUAUAUAAGGAGACUUGAAGAACUACAGAUCACAAAUAAUUCCAAGAUAUCCAAUUCAUCAGCCUCGUCGUCAUCUCCCACACAAAUGGUGUCUCAAGUACAAACACAUUUUUGAAGGAAAUGUUGGCUUCUUCCUGUGCUGUCCUAGCAAGCGGUGCUUAAUGUAGAUUUAUAGCAUAAAGAGGAAGAUUUUAAUGCCUUACAUUAGACUCUCUUAAUGAAGUAUUUUAGGCUGUCUUCACUUGAGGACAACUUCAAAGCAAACAAAACCAACUUCAGUUAUGUGCCUUUCAGAACCAGUGGACUGGGAACAUUAUUAAUCAGCUUCUAGUUAUGGAAGGCUUCAAGAAUUAUUUUGGAACAUCUGGUGCAAUUGAAAUGAAUUUGGUUUCAUUAAGAAUGCUUUAAUUUAUUACACUGUAGGUCAUCUAAGGAAAUCCAUGCUCAGUGUUGCAUCUCAUGAGUAAACCACUAAUGGCAAUAGGAAUAUCCACAUUAGGUAGAAUUAGGUAUUGUGUAUUCCUUUUAGGAAUACCUUUGUGGAGUUCAUGAGAGAAAAAAAAAUUCUAUUGUAAGAUUUCAGAGAGAAGUGUUGAAAUUUUCUGGUUACCUGAGAAUUGCAGAUUUUCCUUUUUUGAAAUAAAAAUAUGGAAGGGGUUUCACUGAAAUGCUUCUAAUGAAGAAGUUCAAAUAGUUCAGUAGAUAGUAAAAUAAAAAAAUCUAUUUUUUAUAAAAAAUAACCAAUUUUCAAAUGACAGUUGUACUGGAUUCUGUGAAGCCCUGUUUUGGCUAACUGUUCAGCACUAAAUUAUCACUGUUGGCAAUACUGGUUCUUUGGAGUAAUACAGAGUAAAAUGGUUCUAAAGAAGGUUUAUAUCAUUAAAAACAGACCCCCAGAGACCUUGUUUAAAUAUCGAGCAAUAGCCAUAGUAUAAAUGCUUGUGUUUGUCUUCUAAAAGUAAAUGUGCCUGUUUAAAGGAGCUUUUAUACCAAAGUAGUCAAAAAUUUUCAGUUACAAAUACUGUUGAAAACUUGUGCAGUUAUAGCUUACUGUUUAAUUUAACUUUUGUUCAACAGACAUAUUAAGUAUUUAAGGGACUUCAGUAUACGAGAGUUGCAUGUAUACACUGAACCUUCCAGUAAAUUCUAAUUUCAAGCCUUCAUUUCAGAGGCUUCUUGUAAACCUUAAAUUUGUUCCUUUCAGGUAUUUUUUUAAGUAGUUUCAAAAGUAGCACAAACCUUGCUGCUUGAUAUUUAAUUAAUAUUUUGCAUAUUCUCAGAAGUUUAAUAAUAUUCAGGCAGUCCAGGAAAUACUGCAAUUCCCAAUUUGUAAGGGACUUUCUUAUUGUUCUUUUAAAGGAGAUAUUUUGAUUCUUGAGGGUUUUGUCAUUGUAAAUUAUUGUACAUGUGGCGAGUUUUGAUCUGCAAGAUAUAAUAGGAUUAUAUAUAAAUUAAGUUCUGUGUAAUUAUAUAUUAUAUAGUUUAUUAGAAAUUCUGAAAGUUUAUAAAGUGUAAAUAUUUUGCAUAUGAAAACUAAAUUUAAAGCUAGUUGCAUAAAAUAAGUUGAAGUUUAGAGGACAUCUGAAUAUUUUUAGAAUGGUAUUUUUUCAAAGGAAUAGAAGUAUACCGCCUCGUGAUUAAAUUCAGUAGAUACACUGAGUUGCACUAUUGUUUUCAGGGAAGCUCAGAGCAUACACCAUGCAAGUUCUAAAUAUGCACGAUUUAUGACUUAAUUUUAUCCUCUAAAUUUCAUUCUCCCAUUAAUGUUCUUCACUGUGUGCUUCCAAAAUAACAAUGUUGUCCCAAAAUCUUGACUUGAUAAGGUAAAUGAGAUGCGUUAUAUCUGAUAAAUGAAGAAGGAUCCUUAA